AUGUACUGGCAAAAGAAAACAAGGAUUUCUGUUAUAGCUGAUGCCAUGAGUCGUGACAUGUUUUCAGUAAUCAUAGCUUCUCUGAAAGUCUUUGAUGAGAGUCUGUUGAAUGCAGCACAGAGGAAAUCAGACAGAUUUCAUAAGAUAAGACCACUCAUAGAUUGUGUUCGUUCACGCUGUUUGGAGUUAGACAGACCUCAAUAUGUCUCAGUUGAUGAAAUGAUCAUUCCAUUUACAGGCAGAACACACCUUAAGCAAUUUACACCUCGGAAACCAAACCCACAUGGCCUAAAGAUCUUUGUUUUAGCUAGUAGUGAUGGCCAAGUCCUAGAUUUUGAGUUUUUUCAGGGUAAGGAAGACUUGCUUUUGAAUGUACAAAGAACUGGACUUCAUCUUCCAGAGUGGGGUACCCUUAAGAUAGGAGAAGCUGCAGUCCUAAGAUUUGUAAAGUCAGUCAGUAGAGGUACUAGUUUCUUCUUUGAUAGGUUUUUUGCUACACCUAAGCUCUUAGAAAUUCUCUCAUCAUUAGGAAUGGGAGCUACAGGGACAAUGAAGAAGAACCUUGUGCCAAAACAGUGUCGAUUGAAGACUGAGAAUCAGUUAAAGAGAUCCGGCAGAGGUUCCUCUGACUGUGCAGUGAGAGAUGAUUCUGCUUUUUGUAUAACUGUAUGUAUGGAUUUUAAAUUGGAAAUAGCUUAUUCUUUGAUUUCUGAAGAAGUUCUAAAUGAUGACAACAGUGAGUCUGAGAUUUCAGAGGAGCAUGAUGACAUUUCUAGAAAAGAACAAGGCCCCUUCCCAUUGCUGCAAAGCGUACUAACAGUGCAUGCCAUAUGCCUGAUGCAUUACCCCCUUAUGCCUCUAGAAUGA